AUGGCAAAAAUAGCAGAGUCAAGGUCAAUGCUCAAUGUCCUGAUUAGUGUGUUUGUGACUCCAGGCUCCUUCUCCUACGGAUAUUCUGCUUCUAUCAUCGCCUCUACACUUGGACAGUCUCACUUCAUCUCCCACUUCAACCUGGUUCCAGUCCAUAAUCCGAACGCGAAUGCUUUAUUGGGAGCUACCAAUGGAUUGUUCCAGACGGGUGGCCUAUUGGGCGCCUUGUCUAUCGGCUACUGCGCUGAUCGCUUCUCCCGACGUGCUGCCAGUAUCAUCUCGUCAUUGAUCCUCUGUGUUGGAGGCGCGCUUCAAGCAGCAAGCCAAAACAUCUCCAUGUUCCUCGCUAUGCUUUUUUUUACUGGGAUGGGUGUUGGACAAAUUGCCGGCGCUGUUCCUCUCUAUCAAUCUGAAAUUUCUCCUCCCCAUUCUCGAGGUUUGCUUGUUUGUUUACAUGGCGUAUUGAUUGGCACGGGAUAUUCCAUUGCCGGCUGGGUAGGGUACGCAUGUUAUCCAUUGAGUGGAAGCCUCCAGUGGCGUAUUCCACUGGCCUUGCAGGUCGUCACACCGGCUUUGCUAUGUAUUGGAACUCUUUUUCUGCCAGAGUCCCCGAGAUGGCGUGUAACCAAAAAGGUUCAGUGCACUGCAGUUUCGUUGAAAGCUAACUGGUGCUUAGUCCUACAGAAUGAUCGUCCCGACGAGGCCCUAGAUGUGCUCAAGCGACUCCACGCCAACGUGCAGGACACGGAGUUUCAGUUCGCAAGAAAAGAAUUCCACGACAUGCAACAGCAGCUCAGCCUUGAAAAAACCACUGGAAAAGACUCAUACAUGGAUCUUCUGACGCAAAAAGGUUUACUGAAGCGAGUUAUCGUGGGGUUUCUUACCAUGUUCGGGGCCCAAUGCACUGGCACAUUGGUAGUCAACAAUUACAGGACUGUUCUUUACUCUAAUGUUGGUUACGAUGGACGCACCGCCAUCGCUUUCACAGCUGGUUGGGUGACUGUUUCCAUUGCCGGAAAUGCCAUCACGGCCAUCUUUGUGGAUAAACUGGGAAGAGUCAAGUUUAUGAUUAUCGGAUUCACUGGUAUUGUUUGCGUCCUGAUCGGCGAAAUCGUGUGUUUGGCCCUCCUCGAGUCGCGAGAAAGCUAUGGCCUCUCCCUUGCCGCCAUUGCAUUUCUCUACGGACAUAUUGCUUUCUUUUCAUCAUGCAUCGACGCGACAACUUACAUCUACGCCUCUGAGAUUUUCCCAACCCACCUUCGAGCCCGGGGGCUUAGCCUUUCAUUGAGCGGUCUAUUCCUCGUUAGCUUGUGCUUCACACAAGCUGCUACUUCGGCUUUAGCGUCUAUUGGGUGGAGGUACUACAUUUUGUUUACAGUCAUGUCGGCGCUCAUGGUUCUCGUGCUGUUCUUCUACUUUCCAGAGACCAAGGGGCUUUCUCUGGAGGAGAUGGCAAAGCUCUUUGGAGACGAGGUAGCUACCGACGUAGCAGCUUCAGUUCCCGGGGAAGCUAUUCUAGAGGCAAAGGGAAGUCAGGCACAAGAGAUGGUUUCCGAACACUGCGAGAGAGUGUGA